CGGGGAUCCUUUUCUUAACAUGGCCAUCAAUCUUACUCUUUUCCAUUCUCUUCCAUGAGAGUAAUUUAUCGGGCCGCAAGCUUAUAUCAACUGCAUGGCUCUCGUAGCGCAUUGUCCCAAUAAUUGGUAUUGUGUGGGGAAUGAUUCGCAUUGUAUGGAGAGGCUAGCAGCCAGUUCGACAUUAGCUUCUCUAUCAAUAGCGCCUUCAAAUAUCUACAUGUGAACAUAUAACUCCUACCGGAUAACAGUGGCAAAAUGGUCUACGGCGGGAAACCAAGCACGGGGUGUCAGACCUGUCGACAGAGGCACAUCAAGUGCGAUGAAGCUCGUCCUCAUUGUAAGGCAUGCGUCCGAACAGGUCGCUCCUGCCCGGGGUACCCGCAUCCUCUUGAUGUCAUGCUGAGAGACAGGACUGCCUUUCAGCGGAAGAAAAGAGCUGUAUCAAGCAACAAGCAGACACAAGUUGCCAAAAAGGAUCAACCGGACUCGCAAGCACAAGCAUCACAAUCAUCAGAUAGUGUGGCCCUUGCACCUGUCCAGAAUACAGAUCCUCCAAGUCCUCCUUCUGUGACCAUUAAUUCGCCUCCGCAGCUCCGCAGCUCUUUGCUACUACCCAUGGACGAUACGGUGUCUUCCUUAUUCUUCAAUUCAUGGCUCUUCAUACCAAAAGACCCCCUGAUUCGGUUAGGGUACAUGGAACUUAUUCCGGUCUUUUACUUCAACGCCUCGCUCGACUCACCUUUACGCCUUGCUGUACAGGCUGUGUCGUACUUUUCCGUGGCGGCUUGGACAGGCCAGCGAUCGUUGCUUCGUACUGCAGAACAGACCUUUAUGAAAGCGGUGUCGCGGACUAGACUCGCCUUGCAAGGUAACAUUGACCACCAUGUAGAGGAGACGCUCAUGACAAUUCUUCUACUCUCUACUUUUGAGGAAUUUACAGCUCUCAAGGAGAACAGGGUUACCAAUAAAGCCCAUCUACAUGGUGCAAUCGCACUUGUCAACAGCCGACGCCUUGGACAACGGAAAACUGCCAACUCUGAAACACUUGCCAUGGCAGUUCAAGCACAAAUAAUUCGGACUUCCCUAGGUCUAGCGUAUCCAAUGGCUCAGACGCCCAACAUAUCUCCACUUCCAAUGCCCAUGGCACACACCGCAUCGGGCCAUUUGACCAUGGUCACGUCGGAAAUUGUGAACCUAAGACAGAGAUGGGAUCGCAUCGCAUCUAAUCCCGGAAACUACCAAACAGACGAACUCGAUAACCUCCUCUCAACCGCAAUGGCUCUUGACAACAAAAUCUCCGUCUGGAAACACAUUCUCCCCGACCGCUGGCAUCCCAUGCCUGCCACCUUCAUCCCCCAAUCCGUUCGAGACGCAGGUGUCUUCAACAAUCGAUGUGACUGCUACAUAGAUCUCUGGAUCGCCUCAACCUGGAACUUCUACCGAGACUCCCGAAUCGUCAUUCAAAACAUCAUCCUAAAUUGCCUACGUCUCCUUCCCGAACAAAGCUCACCCCACGAGAUCCAGGCCCGGGUCGUUUCUAUUCAAAAGCUUGCCACAGACAUAUGCGCAACAGUGCCGUAUCUCCUUGGCGACCAAAUGACUUCCGUCCAGAUGAGCCCGCACAAGGUCGAAUACCCCGAAAGCGAGGGUCGACGAGUCACUUUGGGCCAUCAGCAAACCGCGCCCCUUCUCGGCGGCUGGUUUGUCAUUUCGUACUUGACUAAUCUCUGGUCGCCGGAACUGUGUCUUCAGGAUGAACAGCGGGCUUGGAUCCAGAAGCAGAUGCUGCGAGUGUUGCGGAUAUACACGUUCGAUACCCUAAGGCCUUGGACCAAGGAGCAUUUCAGCUGGAGUCCAUGAUGGAUGAUGUUUUUUACAUUUAGAAGACAUAUAUAUACAUAUUAUUGUUGUUUAAAAUAGCAUAGAAACUUGGUAGAAUUAUCGA